CCUCCCUCGAGGGCAGGUUCGACAGAUCGACGAGGUCCUCGAGUGCUGGACGAUCUGUCAUCCUGAAUCCUGGAUCUGUCAUCUCGGCCAUGUCCGAACGAUCUCUCGGAAGUAAAAUUCGCUUCCGAGCUGCUGUUAAUCCCCCGAGAUCCGAUCCGAUGGAGCAUAGGGGUCAAGUCUUCGAGUCAGCAGGAGGAUCCUCCUCGAGUUGUUGCAUGUCAAUAUCGAUCCGUCGUCGAGGACCUUGACGAGAGCAACUCGAGCGUCCAGAUAGUUCCUAGACAACUCGACGAUCGACCAAGCAAGACCCGCCGUAGGAUCUUGUUCAAGGAUGACGACCACCGACGCUACCCCUACCCCUAUUCCUAUCCCAGCCCCGAGCCCAACCCCAACCGUUUCAAAUCCCAAAUCUCCAAACCGCUACACAUACACUCUCUCCGACAUCUCAUACCGCCGAGCCACCCUCUCCGACUACGAUCUACUCAGGAGGUACCGGAUCGAAUGCGGUUGGGGGUUGGAGAGGAUGGAGAAGGAUCUGAGGGAUGAGGGUGGGAAGGGGGAUACGCCGUUGUGGAUUUUUAGCGUGCCGAGCAAGAACGGAGCGAGCGAGGGCGUAGCGAGCAAGAACGGAGCGAGCAAGAGCGUAGCGAGCGAAAGUGUAGCGAGUAAGGAUAUGGGCGAGAAUAUGAAGGGACAGAAAGGAGGAGAACAGGAGAAGGAGGUUCUUGACGUAGGUAUGGGAGGCCUGGUAUUACAUGCAGAAGGGCAGAGGUAUAUGGCCGAUCGGGAGAGUCGGACGGUCAAGCUCUCCUCCCUCUACAUAACACACGCCUACCAAAACCUCUCCCUAGGUUCUCUCUGCCUGACGAUCCUCGAAAACCUGGCGAUCGAGGAAUAUGGUGCGGAGUGGUUGACUUUGGAUACGACGCCUUAUGUUAUCGACGAUAUGAGCAAGGAGAACUCGAACGCGAAGGCGGGCGAGGAGAAGGAGAAGGAGGGCAAGGAGAACGGAAGUGGGAGUGGGAAAGAGCCGGGCAAGGAGAGGAUCGGGGAGGAGAGUAGGAAUCUGGGGUGGUAUAGGAGGAGAGGGUAUGAGGAGUUUAGGGAACGCAUACCGUACUACCAACAACCGGGGGCCAUCUAUCACGCGGCGUUCUUGCGUAGAAAGGUCGUCAGGACGUGAAAGUAGGGACGCGAGGACGGUGAGGAGGGUUCGACUUGGCUCUCUCGAGGUUCGGAGAGGCUGGGAAAGCGGGGGCCGCGGCCAGAGAUUCGGCAUUGAGAGGUCGGAUUGACUUGCGGUGGCGGUGUCGGAUGCGGUGACAUGGUCGUCAAUCAUAAAUUGAGGGUCGCGACGCGCGGCACGAGACGAUCAUAUGACCGAGAAAGCACGAAAAGCGACGAUGCCGAUGAUUAUCAUCCCAGAAGUCUGAACGAUCGGCAUUCAGAUUGUAGAGUCAUAUCGAUAGAAGCCUAGUGAGGAAAACCCAUGAAACCCAAAAUGGUAUGUUACAACA